UAAACAGCGUUCUGUUAAGGUUGUCGGUUCAAUUCCUCCCACGGGUGCUUCCCUCGCCAAUUAUCAAAAAAUAUUUACCUCGUAACAACGGGGAUGAAGCAACAGAAUGUAGUAUGGAGUGUGGUUGAAAGAACAUGCCUUUUUCUACUACAAAGAGCAAAGAGAAGAGAAACCCUACUGCAAAUCCAUUCUUUCAUGAUUGUAAAUGCCAUUGUUGAUACCAACGUCAACAUUCUCGCCAAAUUCAUCACCGUCUCCGCUUCUCUUGCUGUUAACCCGUCCAUAUCUGAACCGCUCUCUAUCGUCCGUUAUGCUCGCAAAGUGUUCGAUAAAAGACCUCACAGAGAUGAUACGUUCCUUUGCAAUUCCAUGAUUAAAGCCCAUGUGGAUUCCCGCCAGUUUUUUGAGUCCUUCACUCUUUAUAAUGAUCUUAGAAAGGGAAGCGGUUUUCUUCCGGAUAAUUUCACAUUUACAACGUUGGCGAAGUCGUGCGGGUCGAGUAUGGCCAUUAAGGAAGGUUUCCAGUUGCACAACCAUGUUGUGAAGAUUGGUUUUGGUUUUGAUUUGUAUGUUUGCACGGCAUUGGUUGAAAUGUAUGCGAAAUUCGGAGAGUUGGUUAUGGCGAAAAAACUGUUUGAUGAAAUGACUGAAAGAAGUCUAGUGUCUUGGACAGUUCUCAUUGGCGGAUAUGUGAAGAUCGGAGAUAUGGGGAACGCGAAAAUACUGUUCGAUCAGAUGCCUGAGAAAGAUUCUGCUGUAUUUAACGUAAUGAUUGAUGGUUAUGUUAAAGUUGGAGAUAUGGAUUCUGCUCAAAGUUUGUUUGAUAAGAUGCCUGAACGGAACGUUAUCUCCUGGACGAGUAUGAUUUACGGAUAUUGCAGCAAUGGUGAUGUUAUGACUGCAAGAUCUUUAUUUGAUGCCAUGCCGAAAAGAAACCUGUUUUCUUGGAACGCAAUGAUUGGCGGGUACUCCCAAAAUAAACAACCCCACGAAGCAUUGAAAUUGUUUCAUGAAAUGCAGUCUAACACGUCAUUUGAGCCGGAUAAAGUAACAAUUGUAAGCAUUCUUCCAGCUAUAGCUGAUCUGGGUGCUCUAGAAUUGGGAAGUUGGGUUCAUCAAUAUGCUCGCAUGAAGAAAUUCGAUAGAGCAAUCGAUGUCUGUACUGCACUUGUUGAUAUGUACGCAAAAUGCGGAGAAAUUUCAAAAGCAAAACGAGUUUUUGAUCAAAUUCCUAAUAAGGAAGAAGCUUCAUGGAAUGCUAUGAUAAACGGACUUGCAGUCAAUGGAUUAGCUGACGAAGCAUUACAAACAUUUACAGAAAUGCAGCACGACGGAGUUAAACCAAACGAUGUAACCAUGAUAGGUGUUUUAUCCGCCUGUAAUCACGGAGGUCUGGUCGAGGAAGGGAAGAGGUGGUUUAAAGCAAUGCAUGAAUUCGGGCUGAUCCAAAAGAUCGAGCAUUACGGAUGUCUGGUAGAUUUAUUAGGGAGAGCAGGGCGAUUAGAGGAAGCUGAGAAGCUAAUAACGAGUAUGCCAUACAAGGUUAAUGGAAUAAUUACGAGUUCUUUUUUAUCGGCUUGUGCAAAUUCUAAGGAUGUGACGAGGGCUCAGAAACUGUUACGUCAGGCUCAGAAUAUGGAACCGUUAAAUGAUGGAAACUAUGUAAUGUUGAGGAACUUGUACGCGAUGGAGAAACGAUGGAGCGAUGUGGAGGAAAUAAAAGGAAUGAUGAGGAGAAAUGGAGCAAAGAAAGAAGCUGGUAGUAGUGCUAUUGAGAUUGAUAGCACAGUUUCUGAGUUCAUUGCUGGAGGUUCAGAACACCCACAAUGGGGUUCAAUACAAUCAAUGUUGGGGAAGUUGUUAAUACAUAUGAGGGAUAAAGGAGUUGGCUACACUUGGUGAUUGCUGCUCUAAAAAAACAUCUCAUUCCCUUUCCUUCUCCGAUUUUACAAAACCGAACCAAGUUGAAAAAAAAUAAAAACGAAAAAUUCAAUUCCGAACCAAGUCUGAUUUGGUUUUAUAAGUCCUAAAUACAACUAAUUAAUAAAUGUGAGUUAAGUUAACUAAUCCUUAACAAAUGUACUAACAUUACUCUAUUAGUAGCUUAUUUGUUGAUUAGGGUUUAA